UGAUUCUUAUCAGAACCGCACAUUGAUCUUAUGGUGAUUUCAGACAUUGGAAUGAAAACAUGGGAGGACUAGGACUAAACUCUCUUCCACCACCACUUCCACCUCCACCUCCAUGGGAAGUUAUGGUUCUUGUUUCCCACCGCCUUGACCCCAAAACCCUAGCCAUUGCUUCCUGUGUUUGCAAGUCAUGGUCCAUUUCCAUGUCCUCCGACCACCUCUGGAAACCCAUCUGUGCCAACCACUUCCCUUCCCUCUCCAACCUCCACCCAACCGUCUCCUACCGCCGCCUCUACGCCACUGCUCAUUCCUCAUCCAAGCACCGCCUUCAACUUAAAACCCCUUCAAAACCCCGCCUUUCUCUCGCCGACCUCAUCUUCGCCGUCAACAUCGUCCCCAAAAGUUGCUGUAAUUCCAACAUGGUGGCGCUCACUGUCACGGGAGACGAGCUUGCCGUCGAUCCGAACGAGGUUUUUAAGUUCGAUUUGCAGGUUAAUGACUACUACGACGACGAGCGUCCAUGUAUGCUGGAAGCCAUGGAAGAGAUGAAGAUAAGUUGGAAUAUAGUUUUGAAAGGGUGGAGAGGGGUUUUCACCAUGAUGGAUUGCCACGGCAAGGUUAGCUUCUCGCCGGGAGGCGAUGGGUGGUUCUCGGGGGAGCUUCCGCCGGCGGGAUGCUGCUGCUCGAUUGGCUCUACUACUAGCGGCAUAGUGGCGGAUUUGAAAGUUGGGUAUUGUACUAGGAGGGGAAAUAGUAGUGGUGCUGCAGGGAAAGUUAGGAUUGAGAAAGUGAGUUUAGGAAUAUUGAAUGUUUUGAAUUGGAGAUAUGUUACCCUUGAGGAUGGUCUUAGAUAUUUGCAGCAUUUUCUCCUCCCUUUUGAUACUAAUGCUUUACCGUAUGAUCAUAUAUUAAAUUAAUGUACACAUCUUCUACUA